AUGCAGCAACCUACACCAGCACCGUCUUCUCCGCCCUUAUCCCCUGCGCCUGACACGACCGAGUCAAAGGCUGAAGAAAAGGAAAAGCCACCGGUCGAGAAUGUUGGAAGUACACCAUUCAGUGUGCUAACUGCACUGUUCGAGAAGCUUCAGAAUGAGAGGAAGCCUGAGAAGAGACGGAAGAUGUUGGAUAGCUGGUUCGAUCAUUGGCGGAAGGAGAUCGGCUACAAUCUGUUUCCUGUCCUCCGGCUAAUACUACCCCAGGCAAAUCGCGAACGCGCUAUGUACGGACUGAAGGAGAAGAAUCUUGCUAAGAUCUACAUCAAACUCAUUCCAUUGGGUACCAAAGACCCUGAUGCAAUCCGCUUGCUAAAUUGGAAGAGGCCGUCAGACAAGGAUAAAGCAUCUGGAGAUUUCCCCAGCGUGCUAUACGAAAUUGUUAGCAAAAGGUCCUCUGUCAUAGAGAGCUCCCUGACGGUUGAUGAGCUGAAUGAUAUACUCGACGAGCUAUCCCUGCAUUCGGGCAGCCACUCUGCACAACUCCAAAUUCUGAAGCGUGUUUAUAACCAGUGUACUCCCGAAGAUCAGCGAUGGAUUGUGCGCAUAAUCCUUAAAGACAUGCAGAUCAAUAUCAAGGAGACCACAGUCUUUGCAGUGUUCCAUCCGGACGCUCAGGACCUAUAUAAUACUUGUUCAGACCUCAAGAAAGUGGCUUGGGACCUCUGGGAUCCUAAGUAUCGGUUGGGGGACCAGGAAAAAACCAUACAACUGUUUCGCGCAUUUGCGCCCAUGCUGUGUAAGCGUCCGACCAACAGGAUCGAAGAAUCCGUGAAGGAAAUGCAAGGGCGGACCUUCUAUAUUGAGGAGAAGCUUGACGGGGAGCGUAUUCAGUUGCACAAGCGAGGGAACCAAUUCUGGUAUUGCUCUAGAAAAGGCAAGGACUAUACCUACCUUUACGGCAAGCAUGUUGGAACGAAAGGGACUCUGACUGAUGCCAUUGCUAAGGCUUUCGACGAGCGGGUGGAUGAGAUUAUUUUGGAUGGGGAAAUGCUCGUCUGGGACCCUGUGUCGGAGAGACAUCUCCCAUUCGGGACGUUAAAGACUCAUGCUGGGAAUAAAUCCGAUGAUAAGGACAGGCCCGGACCGUGCUUCAAAGUAUUCGAUCUCUUAUAUCUUAAUGGCAUGUCCUUGCUUGGCAAGUCCUGCAAAUUUCGGAAGCGGAACCUCCGGUCGUGCUUCAAGGAAAUCCCAGGCAAGCUCGAAAUCAUUACAGAAUGGGAGGGUAAGACCGCGAAAGAUGUAAGGACCCGGAUGGAGCAGGUUAUGGCGAAUAGGGGAGAAGGCUUGAUUUUGAAGCAUCCUGAUUCGGAAUAUGUUCUCAACGGACGGAAUAAGGACUGGAUCAAAGUAAAGCCCGAAUACAUGGACAACAUGGGCGAAACGGUGGAUGUCCUAGUAAUAGCGGGGAAUUACGGAUCGGGCUGGCGCGCUAACGGUGUCUCCACUUUAAUCUGCGGCGUUCUGGAUGACAGGCACCGCAACGACGAGGAUGACGAGCCGAAAUACAGCUCAUUUGUUCGUAUAGGCUCUGGCUUGUCUUACGGAGAUUAUGUCUGGAUCAGAUCGAAGCCUUGGAAAGUAUGGGACAAAAAAUCCCCUCCCAGCUUCUUCCGAACAUCAAGGAAAGGACAGGAGGAUAAGGGUGAUGUCUAUCUUGAGCCCCAAGAUUCGUUUAUUCUGAAGGUGAAGGCAGCAGAGAUCACACCAUCUGAUCAGUAUCAUUUGGGCUAUACUAUGCGCUUUCCACGUGCGCUCCAAAUACGCGACGAUCUGUCUAUCGCGGAUUGCAUGACAGCAAGUGCUAUAUUUGAGGCCCUCCGGUCUGAGAAGAAAAGAAAGAUGGACGACGAGGAACAGAAAACUAAGAAGAAGCGGAAAACCACUUUCAAGAAGCCAACACUCAUGCCCGAAUACAAAGGGCAUGACCUCAAGGAAGUAGAAGUAGUGUCUGACGUUUUUGAAGGAAUGACAUUCAUGGUGGCUUCUGAUCCCAAGUCAAGGAGGGGUGAAGAGGACAAGAAAGACCUUCUGAAACUAAUCAAGGCUCACGGUGGCAACUGCGUUCAGACAGUCGGGAGACGCCGCGAUGUCCUACUUAUCUAUGGCGGGACCACGACUCCCUAUGAUCUGAGUCUAUUAAUUAAGAAAGACACUCAUGACAUACUCAAACCACAAUGGAUCCGGGACUCGAUAACUAUAGGAGAACCAGCACCCUUUCACAAGCGGUACUAUUUUUAUGCGACGCCAGAUCGUAAAGAGACCCAUGAGUACAGAGAAGGAGAAUCAUUGAAUACUGAGAGCGCCGAUGCUCAGUCGUUAGACACUGUAUCCGAUGUCAAGUCUCCCGCACCCCCGGAAUCGAAAGGGGAAAGCCCAGCCAGCGACUGGUUCAAAGUCGAUAAACCUAUCGAGCAGGAGGACAAUACUUUGGAUGAGGAGUCUGAAACUGAAGUUGAUGAUGACUCAGAUAACGCCGACGUCAAUCUCGAAGAAGACGAUGAUGACUGGCUGAAAGUUGAAUCCAAAGCUGGAACAGAUGCGGCGGAUGACAUGUCCCAGCUUGAUAUCUCUGAUCUUCCGAAGGGUGUUCAAGUGGCCUUGGGAGUCUCACAGUCGCAGCCUGAGAACCAGGACCAGGGUAGUACCGCCCGCAUGGGUGAAGACGACGCAGCCAUGGAAUAUGACCAAGAGAGGAUAUUCAGGCAUCUGUGUUUCUAUCUGGACACUCCCGAGAACGCUCGCGCUCACGGAUUCGCAUUGAGAUCAACCAAACACGAGCAGCAAAUCACUUCGAAGUUCGAGGAGGUAAAAAAGCUGAUCCUCGAUAAUGGCGGAAAAAUAGUCGAUCUCGAUGACCCCAAGCUGACCCAUAUCGUGAUUGAUAAACGCGACGAUAGCCGGCGAGUAGAACUCAUGAAGCGCACAUCUGAACCGAAGCACAGGCGUCUAGUCAUCGGAGAAUACAUCCAGGCUUGCCUCGAUGAAGGAACCUUGUUGGAUGAAGACGAAUUUAUGCCCUGAAUAUUCUUCGCUCUACCUACUUACUAUCUAUCUGCUACUUGUUGUAUUAUUACUGUAAAGCAGUCCAGUUCCCCAAAGCACUUACUGGUACACGACUUCCAUCUGCACGGGAUAUAAUAACACAACAAGAGGAGCAGAUCCGAUCGAAUAAAAAGGAACACAAUACCAGGAAAUCGUCAAUGAUCAUUUGAAAAUCGUGCACAGGAAAUAUGAAACAGUUGACAGGCUAGAUACUGAUACUCUUACAUCCAGACAAAAGAUCAAGAAGUAGAUACUUACAGAUAAGAAGGGCGGUGGUAUAGGUGUCUCUGAAGAAGGGGAUCACCAGUAGCGAGUCAAACGCCCAGGACUCGCGGCAUCCGGGCUCUCAUAUAGGAGUCCUCGUGCAGCCCGACCAUACAAUCCAACAGGACUGUCGAAAGUCGCCGACGUUCCCAACCGCGACAACUCCUCAUUGAGGACUGAAGCCGGAUUAUAAGGAUC